AUGGAGUCGACGAGCCUAGAGGAGGUCACUACGUCGGAGAAUACGGUGACAAGCUUGGCGCUGCCGGUCAAUGGCUCGCGACCUGGGACGCCGGUGAUGCAGGGUGCUUCGCGUUUGCCGAGACGAAUUACCUCUUUGUCUUCGCUGAAGACAUCGCCAUCGUUACUGCCUAGACCAUCGAGCUCGCUACAAACGCGCCGUGCACCCUCCGCCCUCGCAAUCGCCCGAUCAGCCGGCCAAACACCACCGCGAAUCCGUCACGUCGCAUCCGUCUCACAUCUCCGUCGACGCUCACCAUCGCCAACAUCGACAACCGAUUCCGAGCACGACGACGACGAUGAAGAUGAUGGGAGGAGUACUGGAGCGAUGACCCCGUUCUCGUUGAGUUGUGCGGCGGAGCAGAGGCUGAGAGUCGCGCAGAAGAGAUUACAUGCUAUGAAUGCGCGGUUGGAGCAGGCGCGGAGUACGUUGUUCGUGCCGACUGGGGAAAGAAUGAGGAGUGUUAGUGCGAAUGGAGCUAUGGAGAUUGGGAAUGGGAGUCGGCCUUCGAGUGCGGGUGCGGGCAUGCGAGGGAGUUUGAGGUUACGGAGUGUUACGGAAGCGACGGGGGUUGAUGAGAUUUCAGGAGAUACGACACCGAAAGCCGUUACAGGAAAGAGCGAGGGGACUACACCGGAAGAUAUGAGGCGCUUAGCGGGUGACUUGAGGAAUUUGAGGGAGAGGAUGUUGAGCGGGUCGCGGCGGUUGUCGGCAGCGCCUAUAUGUCCUUCUUCGCCUGCGCGUUCAAGUACAGCAUCGCCGACGCCUAACGUGUUAUCGCCUACGGUUUCUGGAAGACGGUCGUCGCUGUCACCUCUUGCGCCUGCACCUCGGCGUCCGGGGACUGCGUCACCUACACAACGUGUUUUAUCACCACCGGGGCGCCUAAUGUCAGCUUCGCCUCUUAUCGGCGCUCGCUCGACGUCGUUGUCAUCAGCGUCGUCACAAAACUCGACACCACGCCGCCCAUCCCUCAUUCACCGUACAUCAUCUGGCUCCACCAUUCCCCUCUCCCGCCGCAACUCCUCAUCACCAUCCCUCCUCAUCCACCCACGUUCAGCCGAGGGUACACCAAGACGUCCGUCUUCCCAAUCGCAGACCAAGAACGGGAACGGGAACGAUGAUCUGUUGAACUUGUUCCCGGCGCCACCACCGAUGCGGAGGGGUGACAGCGCAGUGAGUACCAUGAGUGCUGCAACCAGCACUCGAUCGGAGUACUUCACCCCAACCGACGAAUACCCCUCCCCGUCUUUCGAGUCCUUACUCGCGCCCACAAGUACUCACGCCCCCCGCCGUCCCGGUGGUAGUGACGAAGGGUAUGAUUCUGUCCCUCCAACCCCUCAAACUCUCCCUGGUCUCCCUUCUUCGUCAACGUCCGAAUUGGAGGGCCCGUUAAAGGCGUUAUUAGCAAGAGUGGAGGAAGCGAGCGAGGUUGUUGAGGAUGGUGGCAGGGAGUUGGUGGAGAGGUUGGUUGAGGCGGUUAAUGUUUGUGUGCUGGAGGAGAGUGGGGAGGUUAGGAGGAGGGUUGGGAGAGUCAUUGAGGUUUUAGAGGGGGGUCAGUGACGCUGUCAAGCUUUGGGGACGGGAGAAGUAUGACGAUGGAUGUGAGAAAGAGGGCGCAGAAUAUUGAUAAACGGGGAGAUGGAUUGCAAUUGCACGGCUUAUGGAACGAUACAAGAUGGCAGAGCUACGAGGAUGGGGCUAGACGCAUCAUGGACCUUUGGAAAGGACUCUACACUUUUUUGAUCACUCUAUAGCUACGGCUGGGUUAGGUUUGGAGUUUUUUAAUAUUGAAUUUAUUAAUUUUUACG